AUGAAUAGGCUUUCGUUGCAAGUUCGCUCAUGGAAAUUGCGAGCGAACAUCAGUAGACAGAUUUCUAUCGCUGAACUUUUUUCUGUUGUUAGGAAUAAACUUUGGGCACCAGCAAUUGAGAAGAUGUCGCUUCUGGUCAAAAGCUUCAGGGUACCAGCGCCGGCGCUCUCCGCGGCCAUGGUCGCUUCUCAACGACGCAUGAACAGUGGUGGGGAUGUGACGUUCCACACAAAGGAUUAUAAACUGCACAAACUCGACCAGGGUCCGAGCAAUACAGUCACCUUGAGUAGGGAUGAAGCCUUGCGUUUCUAUCGGCAAAUGCAGUUGAUUCGUCGUAUGGAGUCAGCUGCUUCAAACCUCUAUAAGGAAGAAAAUUGGCGGUUUCUGUCAUCUGUACUCUGGCCAGCUUGUGCUGUUGGCAUAAAAGCAGCUAUGACAGAUGGUGAUGCUGUGAUUACUUCGUAUCGUUGCCACGGAUGGACAUUGUUACAUGGCGCCAGCGUAUCGCAGGUUCUCAGUGAACUGACUGGAAGAAUGGCAGGCGUUGUGCACGGAAAAGGAGGAUCAAUGCACAUGUUUGAGAAAGAUUUCUAUGGUGGCAACGGCAUUGUUGGUGCCCAGCAGGCUUUAGGAACGGGAAUCGCAUUCGCCAUGAAAUACAAGAAGCAAAAGAAUAUCUGUCUAACCCUUUAUGGAGAUGGUGCUGCCAACCAAGGUCAGCUCUAUGAGUCGACGAAUAUGGCUAUGCUCUGGAACCUUCCUGUGGUAUAUGUCUGCGAGAAUAACGGCUUCGGUAUGGGUACCCAGGCAGAGAGAUCGUCCGCCUCGACUGAUUACUACAUGAGAGGUGAUUAUGUUCCUGGUCUCUGGGUUGACGGUAUGGAUGUGUUGGCGGUACGUGAAGCGAUUCGUUGGGCAAAGGACUACUGUAAUGCUGGUAAAGGGCCAUUAGUGCUAGAGCUGGCGACAUACAGAUAUUCUGGACACUCCAUGUCCGACCCUGGAACAAGCUACCGAACGCGUGAAGAAAUCCAGGAGGUUCGCAAAACUCGUGAUCCAAUCACUGGUUUCAAGGAUCGCCUCAUUACUUCUGGACUCGCGAAGGAAGAUGAUCUUAAGGCCAUUGAUAAGGAAGUCCGUAAGGAGGUCGACGAUGCUGUGAAAGUAGCAGUUACAGCUCCAUUGUUGCCCGAAGAUGGAAUUUAUGCUGAUAUACGUGGAGUUACCAUCGAUGAAUCGCAUGUGCAGAAAUACGUGAAUUCUACCGAGCUUUUGAAAGCUAUUAAUAAGUAG